AAUUUACGACGAAAGCGUAGCAUUCGACGUCGGUGGCAACGGCGAGCUUGGUGUUUGUUCGAGGUUGUGCUGGGUUUCCUGGAACGGUUGACUCGUCGGUGUGAAGGGAGGGAGCAGCGACGGGGUGGCUUGACCACCGUGGGGGGUGACUUGAUGACAACCUGCUGGUCUGGCUGUCCGCCGGUGUCACCGAGGCUUGUUGAUGUGGCCGCGCUUGGCCGAGUGAGAUAGACGACUGCGAUGGAGAGUCCGCAGACAUUGCGGCUGCGGAAAGAGUUUCGUUUGGUCCAGCGCGCAGCGCUUCCCGGGGUCGACAUUGCACCGCUAGCCAUCAAGCCAUACUUGGGCCCUAGCGUAAGUGGGGCUUUGGGUUGGCGGCGAUGGUGCGGCCAUUUACGGGUGCACCUGCAUCCCGACUGGCCGCAGGUGGCGCUCCCCGUGGAGCUCACCUACGAUGACAAGCAGGAUGCCUUCUCGUUGCACGCACGUGCCCUGCUCUUUCAUCCCAACGUGCAUCCGGAAACAGGCGAGAUGAGCCUGGGUCAGGUGGCAGUCUCGCAAGCUGUAGACGUGCUGCGGCGUGCCGUGGUCGUGUUGCAGGAUCCAGAUCCAAGCGCCAGUUGUCACCCAGAGGCGUGUGAGGCCUACGUACACAAUCCAGACCUCUAUUGGGACCUGAUGGGGCAAUGCCAAGCGAGCUUGGAGGAAUUGGCUACGUCGGGCCGGGUCACGGUGCAGGAAAUGCCCGGCGCGAGCGAAGAGCCCGACGACCCCUUUGCUCGCGCCCUUGCCAGUUUGCCUCGGCAUCUAGUGGUUUCUGAUGCCGCCCAAUCGCAGGCUGCUGCUCAGCAAGCAGAGCGCACGGCAUCGGCGCGCGCGCGUGAAGCCUUUGACUUUGCCAGUUAUCAUGCCUCUUGGAGCGCCACUGGGACGGCAGUUGCACCGUCACGAGCUCCCUCGGCCUCGCGCACCAUUCCUCGAUCCCGACCCAAAAAUGCGUUACAGCCACGUGUUACGUAUGAUCCUGCUCGCCCCGCGCCCUUGGCGCUCGAGGUCGAAGCGGAGGGCGCCCUUAGACCCGGUGCCACUCCCCGGCCCCGUCAAAGCGAAGCGCCAAAGCGUCUGUCUGAGUUUCGGGGCCGCGCAAGUCCAGAGCACAUCAUUGUCAACUUUCCUCGUUUCUCCACAGCUCUGGAGUACGAUAAUCCAGAAGCACUUGAUCAGGAGGAGGACGAAUAG